GGUUUCUUUCAUUUGUGAGAGUGUGAGGGAAGAGUUUUAUCCUGCUGAGAGGGAAAGAUGCCGGCUGGCCAUGGACUUCGCUCUCGUACCAGAGACCUCUUCGCCAGGCCCUUCAGGAAGAAGGGUUACAUUGCCCUCACUACAUACCUGAGGACCUACAAGAUUGGCGACUAUGUCGACAUCAAGGUUAAUGGCGCCAUCCAUAAAGGUAUGCCUCACAAGUUCUAUCAUGGCCGCACUGGUCGUGUGUGGAACGUUACCAAGCGCGCCAUCGGCGUGGAGAUUAACAAGCAGGUGGGUAACAGAAUAAUUAAGAAGCGGAUUCAUGUACGUGUUGAGCAUGUCCAACCCUCUAGAUGCGCCGAAGAAUUCGUACUGCGUAAGGUUAAGAAUGAUCAACUGAAGGCCGACGCCAAGGCUAAAGGUGAAGUCAUUUGCACAAAGAGGCAGCCAGAAGGUCCCAAACCAGGGUUUAUGGUUGAAGGUGCAUUGAUGGAGACUGUUACUCCAAUUCCCUACGAUGUCGUCAAUGAUCUUAAGGGAGGUUAUUAGAAUUAUCUUCAUUGAACUUGCUUUGUUUGGCUGUUUUUUGUUUUGGUCUAUGAACUUAUUGGAUAGUGUUACAAUUUUCUCGUUAUGCACCUAAAUUUUGGAUACGAAUCUUAUCUGUUAAAUUGUUCCUUAUUUUUCUGGAUUCUGCCAUAGCCUUUGAUACAUGAGUGUAGUUUCAGCUGAUUAA